AACGGAAGUCCGAUUUGCGGCGAAGCCUCUCAAGCUUGACGCACAGUGCAGGACCGUCGCAUCCCGCAUCCCUCGAGCGUUGACGAAUUGCACGUUUCAGCGUUGGCUGCCUAUCAUCAUGGGGGAGCUGUUCAGGAGUGAGGAGAUGACCCUGGCCCAGCUGUUUCUCCAGUCGGAGGCUGCUUACUGCUGUGUCAGCGAACUGGGAGAACUCGGCAUGGUCCAGUUUAGAGAUCUCAACCCGGAUGUGAACGUGUUCCAACGCAAGUUCGUGAAUGAAGUGAGGAGAUGUGAGGAGAUGGACAGAAAACUAAGGUUUGUGGAGAAGGAGAUCAAGAAAGCCAACAUUCCGACUGUCGACACCGGAGAAAAUCCCGAGGUGCCUUUUCCAAGGGAUAUGAUUGAUCUGGAGGCUACCUUUGAGAAGUUGGAGAAUGAAUUGAAGGAGAUCAACACCAACCAGGAGGCCCUGAAGAAGAACUUCCUGGAGCUGACCGAGCUCAAACACAUUCUUCGUCGAACACAGCAGUUCUUUGACGAGAUGGAGGAUCCCAACUUGCUGGAGGAGUCAUCAGCCCUGAUGGAGGGCAACGAGGGGGCCAGAGGGGCUCCGCUCAGAUUGGGAUUUGUGGCCGGUGUGAUCAGCAGAGAGAGGAUUCCAACUUUUGAGAGAAUGCUGUGGCGGGUGUGCCGCGGGAAUGUUUUCUUACGCAAGGCUGAGAUCGAGGAUCCGCUGGAGGACCCCACUACAGGGGACCAAGUCCACAAAUCGGUCUUCAUCAUUUUCUUCCAAGGUGAUCAGUUGAAGAACAGGGUGAAGAAGAUCUGUGAAGGUUUCCGUGCCUCUCUCUACCCUUGUCCAGAAACUCCACAAGAGAGAAAAGAGAUGUUGGCUGGGGUCAACAGCCGUAUCGACGAUCUCCAAAUGGUUUUGAACCAGACCGAGGACCACCGUCAGAGAGUGUUGCAGGCUGCCUCCAAGACGAUGCGAGUUUGGUUCAUCAAGGUUCGGAAGAUGAAAGCCAUCUACCACACUCUGAACCUGUGCAACAUUGACGUGACCCAGAAGUGUCUGAUUGCUGAGGUGUGGUGUCCCGUCUCAGAUCUGGACUCCAUCCAGUUUGCCCUACGGAGAGGAACGGAGCGAAGCGGGUCAACUGUGCCGUCAAUCCUCAACAGAAUGCAGAGCAAGCAGACUCCGCCCACUUUUAACAAGACCAACAAGUUCACCUCGGGCUUUCAGAACAUUGUGGAUGCCUAUGGCAUUGGGAACUACAGGGAAAUCAAUCCAGCUCAAUACACCAUCAUCACCUUCCCUUUCCUGUUUGCUGUCAUGUUCGGUGACAUGGGUCACGGCCUUCUAAUGACCUGCGCCGGUCUCUAUUUAGUCAUCCGAGAAAGUCGCCUCCUUGCGCAGAAGAGUGACAACGAGAUGUUCACUAUGGUGUUUGCUGGUCGCUACAUCAUCUUGCUCAUGGGGAUCUUCUCCGUCUACACGGGCGUCAUUUAUAAUGAUUGCUUCUCCAAAUCACUUAACAUGUUUGGUUCUGGAUGGAGUGUGAGGCCCAUGUUUGGCGCCAAAGGAGCCAACUGGUCAUUUGAAACACUCGAAGGAAACGCAGUGCUGCAGUUGGACCCAGCAAUUCCUGGUGUGUUCAAUGGGCCUUAUCCUCUGGGAAUUGACCCGAUAUGGAACGUUGCCACCAACAAACUGACGUUCCUCAACUCAUUUAAGAUGAAGAUGUCUGUCAUCCUGGGUGUCAUCCACAUGAUAUUUGGAGUAUCUCUCAGUCUUUUUAACCAUCUGUACUUCAAGAAGCCUCUGAACAUCUUCCUGGGCUUCAUCCCCGAGAUUGUCUUCAUGUCCAGCCUGUUUGGUUACCUGGUCCUGCUGGUCUUCUACAAGUGGACCGCCUAUGAUGCAUUCACCUCAAAAGAUGCUCCCAGCCUGCUCAUCCACUUUAUCAACAUGUGCCUCUUCAAUUACAGUGACCCCACUACCAAAUCCCUCUACGCAGGACAGAUGGGGAUCCAGGUUUUGUUGGUGCUCAUUGCCCUUGCAUGUGUACCCUGUAUGCUGGUUGUGAAAACUAUGGUGCUUCGGCGUCAGCACCUGUGGAAAAAGCACCUGUCACAGAAGAGGCAAGAAACCCCUGCAGAGAAUCUAGAGCAAUCUUUAGAGCGAACAGGCGUGUCCUCAUCAUGCACCGGACUCACCCAACAGGGCACGCAGAAGUUUGGAGGGGUGCGGGUGGGCAACGGGCCCACGGAGGAUGAGGCUGGGAUCAUGGACCACGACCAGCUCUCCCAGCACUCAGAUGAGGCAGAUGAGCAUGCCGAGGAAGAACCGUUUGACUUUGGUGACGUGGCUGUCCAUCAGGCCAUCCACACCAUAGAAUACUGUCUGGGAUGCAUCUCCAACACGGCCUCUUAUCUCCGACUGUGGGCCCUCAGCUUGGCUCAUGCCCAGCUGUCAGAGGUGCUCUGGUCCAUGGUAAUGCACCUGGGUUUGUCCUCCCGGAGCGGCGGAGGUUUCUUUGGCCUCACCAUCGUCUUUGCGGCGUUCGCUACCCUCACAGUUGCCAUUCUGCUCAUUAUGGAGGGGCUGUCUGCCUUUUUGCACGCCCUGCGUCUUCACUGGGUGGAGUUCCAGAACAAGUUUUAUUCCGGCCAGGGCUUCAAGUUUGUCCCCUUUUCAUUCGAGAGCAUCCUGGAUGGAAGAGUUGACGAAUGACCAGUCGGAGUCCUGAGUCGUCACUCCUUUUUCCCUUCCCCCCUUUUCCGGUGUGUGAGUGCGCAUGAACCCUCGUGCAACCCUCUGUCUCCCUCUAGUGGCAAAUCCUCACCCCCCAAAAUUGCUGGUGUGUGUGGUAUUAGUAUACAUAUUGUAAAAACAUUUCCAAUGGGACUGCGGUACUCAUACUGGAACCCAUUGUGCUGGUAUAAUGUCCCCCCCCCCUUAUCUAGCAGAUUUCCUUUUAUUUAUGGAUUUAUUUGUCAUGGCUUCAGUGAUGCUUGUGAAAUAAGGUGCAAUUUCCUGUUGUGAGUGUCGAUUGUCCAAUGUUUUGGAUACGGAAAGGUACAAGUGCAACACGUCUGGACACAGACUGUGGAAAAACUUGGGUCAGGUCCACUUACUUCAUGGAAAUAACAGAGACCGACAUGCGCCCGUGGAAACGCCCAGUCGUCCCUUGCGCUGUAAAUUCCGAGUGCCGUUGGAAUGAAAAUGAGCGGCACGAGGAAACGCGCUUCGAAUGGGAAGGGGCAGCAUAACAUUGUGAGUGUCGUGGACUGCGCGGGGGGGGCUAUUCUGAGACCGCAAAACAGGUUACAGCAUCUUUGGCGAGAUUGAGCAAUACCCGGUGUCUCCUGCAUGUCUCGUGUGUAAAUUGUGGACGACAGUUUGUCGUUAGGCGAUCAUCUGUGCGGCGUGAAAUUAAAUGUACCCAAAUGAGAAGAAGACUUUGCUCGUGCGAAACCCCGCCACGCCCCCGGCCACGAUGUUCAUUCCAUGGGAAAGGAGCGACGAUUAGACAGGGAGCAACAAAACCCCCAAAUCCUGGGUGUCGCACAGGCUCUCGAAAUCGAAAAUACAACUCGCGCGCUGGUAAAUUAUCGGUGAUGUGGAAGCUCGAUGUGUGUGUGCGAUCAAUAAUAAAGAGUUGAGGUUUCGA